AGAAGCCGAGUGGAGAGAGUCUUGCCGGAGCUUCGCUGGCUCAAAAGAAACUUGAACGUUUCUUUUCAAACUUCCACCGUAAACUUUAGAAAAUCAAAAAAUUAUCGGUGUUUCAGUGUACGUGAGUGUGUUUGCGUGUACGCAAGAGUUGUGCGUGUGUGUGUGUGUGUGUGUGAGUUGUGUGUUUGUUUUAACAAGUUGGAGAAGAAUUCGUGAAUCCCUUUUUCAGCCAUCGGAUGGCCGGCCCAACAACUACUUCAACAGCGACCAUGAAGUGCUCUUGACGAGAAACGUACUGUUCUACUGUUUGGCUGCCCGUCUGUCUAUACUGGGCACUACUCAAGGGAAAAAAGAGUGUGUACGUUGUGUGUGUGUGGUACCCUCGAUCAAUAACUUGAACACAGACCUUGCUGCUGCUCUCUCUCUCUCUCUACUGUUUGAACAAAACUCUCUCUCUGUAAGGAGUGGGAUAUUAAAAAAAAAGGAGAAAAUGGCGGCGUGGACUUUAGGAGCCAAUUUGCUUUUCGUUCUAUUGCGGUUGUUUGUUUUGACAGCCGAAACGAAGAAUGUUUCUCAUCAUAAUAUGCAACCGACUCUGAGGAGUCUGGUCGUUGCUCAUGACGUUCCGGCUGGUUUCAGUAUCGACCGGUGGGCAUCCAGCUCGCCGGAAUCCGAGUACAAGCUCCUCAGGUCGCCUUUCUCCGAUCGUUUCGCUCUCGUCGACAACGGCCUCUUGAUGACGACGGCCAAACUCGACGCCCUCAUCCAUCAUCCGCAACCGUUGACGCUCUACCUGGCCGAAGACGGGCCGUCUCGCAAGUCGACGCACGCCGUCCAGGUCUACGUCGUCGAUCGCCAACACCUCAUCCGCUUCGCCAAGCCCACCUAUCGAGCCCACGUGACGGAGAAUGCGCCGGCUGGAACGCCCGUCGUUGUGGAAGGCCUGUUCGUCAUGGCCGACAACGGCAGCCAAGUGAAAUUCGACAUCAUGAGCGGCGGAUCGGAUAGUUUCCGGAUCGAAAAAAUGGAAAAUGCCAACUGCACGAAUCAAACGAUGGCGAGACUGGUCACUCGCCGGCCGCUGGAUCGUGAGAUUCAAUCCGUUUACGACUUGGUUGUACGAGCUGUGAGUAGGCAUCCGCCCGGAACGGCCACUUGCCGGGUCAUCAUUUCCGUCGACGACGUCAACGACAACCGGCCCAUCUUUUCGGCGACCGAGUAUCACUUUGAGAUGCCGUCGACGGCUAUGAAAUACGACCGCGUCGGCCGUGUCAAAGCCGUCGACGCCGAUGGCGAUCACGCCGUCUACCGACUGACGUCGCCCAGCAAUUCCUUCGUCAUGAUCCCGCAGACGGGCGAAAUCAUUUUGAUCGACCCACAAUUGCCGUCGAGCAACCGCACUUACGUUUUGCAAGUGACGGCCAAAGAUCGUCGAGAUCCCGGCUGGGAAACUGAACAAGCGGCUAACGUCUUCAUCCGCACGGCCGACAAGGAAGUGGAGCAAGACCAAGAACAACACAACGUCGUCAAGCGUCGCGCCCCGCGAGCUCUGCGCCCGACGAAACGGAUCGAGUUCUCGGAAGCGGAUGGCGCCCCCGAAGGGAAAUUGAUGUUCGCCCUGGACAAACCCAGCGAGAAGGAACGAUUCAAGAUACGCGACGACAACCCCUGGGUCACGGUGGAGCCCAACGGCAACGUCCGCGUCAAGCGCAAAUGGGACUACGAGGAGCUCGGCCCGGAGAAGACGAUCGACUUUUGGGUGACAAUCACCAACAGCGAAGGCGGAGACACGGACAAUCAGCGCGUGAUUGUGCAAGUGAAGGAUGUCAAUGAUGAGCCGCCUUACUUCAUUAACCGGCCGUUGCCCAUGCAAGCCGUCGUCCAGCUUAAUGCCCCUCAAAACACGCCUGUCUUCACGCUGCAGGCUCGUGACCCCGACACGGACCACAACAUCCACUAUUUUCUCGUCCGCGAUAGAACCGGCGGUCGGUUUGAGGUGGACGAACGAUCGGGCGUUGUGCGCACCCGAGGCGGUGAGCCUUUCCAGCUGGACAUGGAAUACGUCCUCUACGUCAAAGCCGAAGAUCAAAACGGACGAUUGGACGAAAGGCGAUACCAGUCGACGCCGGAAGAGCGGCUCUCCAUCGUCGGUGGCAAACGUCCGCCCCAGUUCUACAUGCCCAGCUACGAGGCGGAAAUUCCCGAAAAUCAGAAAAAGGACACAGACAUCAUUUCGGUGAGGGCCAAAUCGUUUGCCGAACGGGAAAUCCGCUACACUCUGAAAGCUACCGGCCAGGGCGCCGGAACGUUCAACAUCGGACCGACGACUGGCAACGUCCGUCUGGCCAAAGAUUUGGAUUUCGAGGAUUUGCGUCAGCCGCACGUCUACCAACUGCAAGUGACGGCCACGGAAGAUUCCGGCGGUUUCUCCACAUCCGUCGAGUUAACGAUUCGAGUGACGGACGUCAACGACAACGUGCCGAAAUUCGAGCUGCCCGACUACCAGGCGCACAACAUCGACGAGGACAUCCCCAUCGGAACGUCGAUCCUCAAAGUCAAGGCGACCGACUCUGAUUCCGGCUCCAACGCCGAGAUCGAGUACUCUGUCUCUGACGAGCAUUUCGCCAUCGAUUCCAGCGGAGUCAUCAGCAACGCCAAGCAGCUGGACGCGGACAACAACAACGCCUACUACGAGUUCACGGUGACGGCCAAGGACAAGGGCGAGUCGCCCAAAUCCGGCACGGCCACCGUCCGCGUCUACACCAAGAACAAGAACGACGAGGAGCCGAAAUUCUCGCAGGGCGUCUACACGCCCAACGUGGACGAGAACGCCGGACCGAACACGCUGGUGACGACGGUCGUCGCCUCGGACAAGGACGGAGACAACGUCCGUUUCGGUUUCGUCGGAGGCGGCACCCGUUCCGGCCAGUUUGUCAUCGAGGAACUGACGGGUGUCAUCCGUCUGCACAGCGGCGGCAUCAACCUGGACAGGGACAAGUACGAGCUGAACGUGACGGCCAUCGACGACGGCGCUUGCUGCGGCGGCGGCACCGGGUCGACGCACACGUCGACAGCCGUCGUCGUCGUCUUCAUCACGGACGUCAACGACAACAAGCCCGUCUUCUCCGAGUGCAGUUCCUACAGCCCGAAAAUCGAGGAGGGCGCGCCCAACGGGAGCCCCGUCGUCCGGGUCCAGGCCACCGAUGCCGACAAGGGCGUCAACGGCCAAGUCAAAUAUUCCAUCGUCCAGCAGCCGAACCAGAAGGGCACGAAAUUUACCGUCGACGAAGAAACGGGCGAGAUCUUUACCAACAAGGUAUUUGACCGAGAAGGAGAUGAUGGUAAAUUCGUGUCGGUGACAGUCAAGGCCACGGAUCAGGGCGACCCAUCUUUGGAGGGCGUCUGCUCCUUCACCGUGGAAAUCACCGACGUCAACGACAAUCCGCCCCUCUUCGAUCGACAGAAAUACGUGGAGAACGUCAAACAAGACACGAACAUUGGGACCAACAUUUUGCGCGUUUCCGCGUCGGACGAGGACGCCGACAACAACGGCGCCAUCGUUUACAACCUGACGGCCUACAACUCUCAGGAUCUCGAAUACUUUACGAUUCUGCCCGAAUCGGGAUGGAUCGUCCUCACCAAACCGCUCGACCGGGACAAAUUCCGGUUGCGAGUGGUGGCGGCCGAUCGAGGCGAUCCACCUCUGUGGGCCGAAGUCGAUGUGGAGCUGGACGUGGUGGAUCGGAACAACAAGCCGCCGUUGUGGGACCUGACCAACUACGGCCCAAUCUACGUCAAGGAGAAUGUCACUGUGGGCACGGUCGUCACUUCGGUCAAAGCCAGUUCGGGCAUCGAAGGGAACCCGACCGUCUUUUACCGGCUGAUCCGCGGGUCGACGGCGCAGACCAACAAGUACGACACGUUCUACUUGCAACAGCGGGCCGACAACGGCCACACUUGGGCCGAUAUCAAAGUCAAUCACCCGCUCGACUACGAGAACAUUAAAGAAUACAACUUGACGAUCCGUGUCGAGAACAACGGAGUCCAGCAAUUGGCCAGCGAGGCGACCGUCUACAUCGUCCUGGAAGACGUCAACGACGACAUUCCGCUCUUCACGGAGCGAGAGCAAGAAACGGUGCUGGAAGGGGAGCCGAUCGGGACGGGCGUCACUCGAGUCAACGCCAUCGACAAGGACGGAACCUUCCCCAACAACCAGGUGUACUACGGGAUCGUCGACUCGCCGCGUAACGAAGGCAAAGAUUACUUCGAGAUCAACGAGCAGACGGGCGAGAUCUUCACCAAGAUCGUCUUUGAUCGAGAGAAACAGGCGGCCUACGCCCUGGAAGUCGAAGCCCGCGACGGAGCUCCAUCGGCCCGACCCAAUAGCAACGGCCUCCCCAACACGGUGACCAAAUUCAUCCGUAUCGGCAUUGCGGAUAAGAACGAUAACCCGCCCUAUUUCGACAAGACCCACUACGAGGCUGAAGUGGACGAGAACGAGGAUAUCCAGCACACUGUGCUCACCGUCACUGCCAAAGAUCUCGACGAAUCCUCUAAAAUCCGUUACGAAAUCACCCGCGGUAAUUUGGGCGGAGCCUUUGCCGUCAAGAACAUGACGGGCGCUAUCUACGUCGCCGGACCGUUGGACUACGAGACCCGCAAAAGAUACGAGCUGCGUUUGGUAGCGUCGGACAAUCUCAACGAGAACUACACGACGGUCGUCAUCCACGUCAAAGACGUCAACGACAAUCCGCCCGUCUUCGACCGGCCGACCUACGAGGCCCAAAUCACCGAGGAGGACGAUCGCAACUUGCCAAAACGCAUUCUACAGGUGACGGCCACCGACGGCGACAAGGAUCGCGAACAGAAAAUCGUCUACUUCUUGACCGGCCAAGGUAUCGAUCCCGACAAUCCGGCCAACAGCAAGUUCGACAUUAACCGCACCACCGGCGAAAUCUACGUCCUCAAGCCAUUGGAUCGCGACCAGCCCAACGGCCGUCCUCAGUGGCGUUUCACCGUUUUCGCCCAGGACGAAGGAGGCGAAGGUCUCGUGGGCUACGCCGACGUCCAAGUCAAUUUGAAAGACAUCAACGACAACGCUCCGCUCUUCCCUCACGGCGUCUACCUGGGCAACGUGACGGAAAACGGAACGGCCGGCAUGGUGGUCAUGACGAUGACGGCCGUCGACUACGACGACCCCAACGAGGGAUCCAACGCCAAGUUGACGUACUCGAUCGAGAAGAACGUCAUCGACGAGAACACGGGCAUGCCCAUCUUUGAGAUCGAGUCGGAAACGGGAGUCAUCAAGACGGCCGUGCCCGGUCUCGAUCGCGAAAAGACGCCCGACUAUUCGAUCCAAGUCGUGGCCAUGGACGGCGGCGGACUCAAAGGAACUGGAACUGCGUCUAUUAGGGUCAAGGAUAUCAACGACAUGCCACCGCAAUUCACCAAAUCCGAAUGGUACACCGAAGUGGACGAAACGGACGGCAUCGCAUUACCGGACGCUCCCAUCUUGACCGUCACUGUCCACGAUGAAGAUGAGACCAACAAAUUUCAUUACAAGGUGAUUGAGAGCAGCGGAUUCGGGGCCGACAAGUUCACGAUGGUGCGCAAUAACGACGGGACGGGCUCCCUCAAAGUCGUCCAGCCACUCGACUACGAAGACAAACUUCAAAGGAACGGAUUCCGUUUCAUGAUCCAAGUCAACGACAAGGGAGAGGACAAUGAUAACGACAAGUACCACGUCGCCUACUGUUGGGUCAACGUCAAACUGCGCGACAUCAACGACAACAAGCCGCUCUUCGACAAGGCCAACAUCGAGACGUCCGUCUACGAGAACGCCGAAGUCGGCAAGAGUCUGGAGACGUUCAGGGCCAACGAUCCCGAUCAAGGAGGCAAAAGCAAAGUCUCUUUUGCCAUCGACCGGGCAUCGGACCGUCGUCGACAGUUUGCCAUCAAUCAGAACGGCACCGUCACCAUCCAGAGGCAUUUGGAUCGCGAAGACACUCCUCGUCAUCAAGUGAAGAUCUUGGCCAUCGACGACGGCGUACCGCCCAAGACGGCCACGGCCACCUUGACCGUCAUCGUCCAAGACAUCAACGACAACGCCCCUCGAUUCCUCAAGGAUUACCGGCCAGUUCUUCCGGAACAUAUGCCACCAAGAAAAGUAAUCGAGAUCUUGGCUACUGAUGAUGACGAUCGUUCAAAAGGCAACGGACCUCCCUUUUACUUCCGUUUGGAUCCCAACGCCGACGACGAGAUCCGAGCUUCCUUCAAGAUUGAACACGAUCCAAAGGGAGCCAACGGAGACGGAAUGGCCAUCGUUUCGUCUUUACGUUCCUUCGACCGCGAGCAGCAAAAGGAAUUCCACGUGCCCAUCGUCAUCAAAGAUUCGGGCAAUCCGGCCAUGUCUGGCACGUCGACGUUGACUGUCAUCAUCGGUGACGUCAACGACAACAAAAUGCAGGCCGGCGCCAAAGAUAUUUUCGUCUACAAUUACAUGGGCCAGGCACCAGACACGGAAGUGGGACGCGUCUACGUCUACGACCUGGACGAUUGGGAUCUACCGGACAAGAAAUUUUACUGGGACACCAAGGAGCACCCGAAUUUCUCGCUGCACCAGGACACGGGCAUGUUGACGAUGCGCCAUGGAACGCGCGACGGUAAAUACCACCUGCGCUUCCGCGUCUACGACCGCAAACACACGCAAGUCGACGUCCCGGCCAACGUGACCAUCACCGUUCGAGAGAUUACCCACGAAGCUGUGACGAGUUCAGGUUCCAUCCGCAUAGCGGGCAUUUCAGACGAAGAUUUUAUCCGCAUUUGGGAUUAUAGGACGCAAGACAUUGUCAAGAGCAAAAUCGAUAAGCUGCGAGAUAAAUUGGCCCAGCUUCUGGCAGUUGAUCGGGAAAAUGUCGAUAUCUUUAGCGUCCAGUUACGUCAGCAACGUCCUCCUAUUACUGACAUUCGUUUCUCUGCUCACGGCUCUCCUUUUUACAAACCAAUCAAACUCAAUGGCAUUGUGCUCCAGCACAGAGAAGAGAUUGAAGCUGAAGUUGGUAUCAAUAUCACGAUGGUCGGCAUCAACGAAUGUCUAGUUGAAAACAAAGCUUGUGAGGGAUCGUGUACCAAUAUUAUGGAAGUCAGUACGUUGCCGUACCUGAUCAAUGCCAAUAAAACGGCCCUAGUGGGCGUUCGGAUCGAUAUACAACCGGAAUGCACGUGUGGUGCCCGUAAUUUUACUCGGGACGAAAGCUGUCGGAAUAAUCCUUGCCACAAUGGCGGGCGUUGCAUCGAAGGCCGUUACGGCGUCACAUGCCAAUGUCCUAGUGGCUAUGACGGUCCUCGCUGUCAGCAAACGACACGCACAUUCCGUGGCACUGGAUGGGCGUGGUAUCCGGCGUUGGAAAUGUGCGAAAGUUCUCACCUGAGCAUCGAGUUCCUCGCCAAGAAACCGGAUGGAACGUUACUCUACAACGGGCCAAUGGUGCCACCGGAAACGGAAGAGACUCUCAUUUCAGAUUUUAUUGCACUGGAGUUGGAAUCUGGUAAUCCGAGGUUAUUGAUCGAUUUCGGCUCCGGCACGCUGGAACUCAAGAUCAAAUUGAACAAGACGACGCACCGACUGGACGACGGCGAUUGGCACCGCAUCGACGUCUUUUGGGACACGGAGAACGUCCGCAUGGUGUUGGAUCUCUGUCGUUACGCUACUAUCUAUGAGCCGGAAGAUGGAACUGCAUCAGUGUUUAAUACAUCCGCUUGCGAAGUCAAAGGUGUCAUCCCACCAUUCAACGAAUACCUGGAUGUCAGCUCGCCAUUGCAGAUCGGUGGUGUAUCCCACGCGUCCCUCGAUCCAUCCCAAUUCCGCUGGGAUCAUCUGCCUCAUGGCAAGGGUUUCAGCGGUUGCAUCCGCAAUUUUGUUCACAACAGCAAAAUCUAUGACCUUGCUGAGCCUGGAAUGUGGCAAGGAAGUCAACCCGGAUGCGCUCCGCUGGAUGAAUUAUGUUCUGGCAAUGAAAUUUCAGGCCCAGGUGUGACGUCAUUUGGUCGACCUGUCUCUUCCGGCUGCGGCGAGCACGGCAGCUGCGUCGGCUCUUUGUCGGAGCCGCGCUGCGAGUGCCGUCCAGGCUGGACAGGACCCGGCUGUAACCAGGAGACGGUGCCGGCCACUUUUAAUCCGCAGAGCUACGUCAAGUACGCCCUGUCGUUCGAGCCCGUCAGUUUCGUCACGGCCAUCCAGCUGCGCUUCAGGACCAGAGAGGAGCACGGCGAGCUGUUCCGCGUCUCGGACCAGCACGCCCGCGAGUACGGCAUUUUGGAAAUCAAGGACGGCCGUUUGCGAUUCCGUUUCAAUUUGAACAGCUUGAGGACGGAGGAGAAGGAUCUCUGGCUGACGGCCAUCACCGUCAACGACGGCCAGUGGCACACGGUCAAAGUCAGUCGCUACGGCUCGGCCGCCAUGCUGGAGCUGGACGGCGGCGAGGGCCGUCGCUACAACGAGACGUUCAUCUUCGAGGGCCACCAGUACAUGCAAGUCGACAAACAGGAAGGAGUCUACGCCGGUGGCAAGGCCGAGUACACGGGCGUCCGCUCCUACGAAGUCUACGGCGACUACCAGAAAGGAUGUUUGGAUGAUAUCCGAUUGGAAUCGAAACCUCUUCCGCUGCCGCCCGCCUUGAACGGGACCCAAUGGGGCCAGGCGACGACAUCGCACGGCGUCCGGCGCAAUUGCCCGUCCAACAACCCGUGCUCCAACGUCAUUUGUCCGUUGCCGUUCGAGUGUAACGACUUGUGGAUGGACUACGAGUGCAGUUGUCCCACGGGUCAGACGAAAUACGGCAGUAGUUGCCGCGACGUGGACGAGUGCGCUUGGCGGCCGUGUCGCCGCUUUGGCUCGACGUGCGUCAAUUACGAAGACGAGCGCGGCUACGAGUGCAUCUGCCCGCUCGGCUACAUGGGCAAACACUGCGACCUGGAAGUCAUCACCAGCGCCACCAUCACCACCUCGACCGACUUCAUCAUUGCCAUCAUCGCUUGUCUGGCCACCCUCCUCCUUAUGGUGCUGAUCUACGUCGUCUACAGCCGACGCAGAGAGUCGACGGUCCGCUACGCUGGACCCGAUGACGACGUCCGCGAAAACAUCAUCAACUACGAAGAUGAAGGCGGCGGCGAGGACGACAUGACGGCCUACGACAUCACUCCGCUCCAGAUUCCCAUCGGAGGACAAGGCCUCGGUCUCGGACUCGGCUACGACACCAUGAAAGGCGGCAAAAUUCCAUAUCAUUCACCUGCCCCAAUGAUGAUGAGUGGCGAACCGAAUGUUGGUGUCUUCAUCGACGAUCAUAAAAGAAGAGCCGAUACGGAUUUAAAUGCUCCGCCCUACGAUGAUUUGCGUAACUACGCCUACGAAGGUGGUGGCAGUACUGCUGGAUCUUUAUCUUCUCUAGCAUCUGAAGACGACGAACAGGAUUUUGACCACCUGAACGGCUGGGGCACGCGGUUCCAGAAGUUGGCUGACAUGUACGGCGAUGGCGACAGCGAAGAGGAAGAGGAUGAAGAGGAAGAAGACAUUCACUAGAAGAAAAGAUGAAAACAAAAGAGUCAGAUUGGUAAAAACAAAAGAAAAGCUGUGUCCUCUCACCCCUCGUUCUUCAGCACUGCGCUCAAGCUGAUUCCAUUCCUAUCUUCUUGUUUUUGUUCCCUCCUACCCUCCCAAAAAACCACCACCCCAACUAUGAGGUCGGCCCCAAAAAUGGUGUCCUCAAUUUUUGUCAACAAUCUGGUCAAGUAAUUUCGUGUGAAAAACAUUCCAAAGGAAGGAAAAUGGAGAAAAACGGGACCGACGAACGGAAAUGAUUUGAUUUUCGGGAUCGCGUCACGUUUCAGCGGCUUGGCUGCUCAAUUUUUCUAGAUUUUUCAAAACAGCUAAAAAAAAAAUUCAAAAUAAGAUAUUAGUAAAAAUAUUUUAGAAAAACAAAAAGGGAAAAAGCGCCAAUCCUGCGUGAUCGUCUUUUGUUUUCCCAUAAAAUUUUAUGAUUUAAAAAAAACGUCGUGCUGUCGGUUUGGUUUUGAUGAUGUUUUCACUCACACACACAAUUUCACGUCGAUAUCGUUUCGUUUUCUUUUUGCCGCCGUCACCUUUCAUAGAUUUUCUAUUUCGAAUGUUGCCAAUGUUGAGCGAGACGUAUAUGCAUAGGAAAGGUGUCGCUGUAUUUUUGUUAGUUUUAUCGCAAAACGUCUUUUUUUUAUUGGGCAAUACUCGUAGGCUUCCCACUCUCUCCAGUUUGCCACUCGUUUCUUGAUUGGUUUUUUUUUUAUUUAAAAAAAAAAAAAAGAAAUCAAAGAGUGCUAUACCCAUUCUCGCUCGGACCCUAUUUUCCUCUCUUAGAUUCUCUAAUAAUACCGUUCCUAAAAAUCCAGCGAAAUGAGAAAACAAUUCAAUAAUUAUGCGACGUAGUUGAGACAUUUGUUCUUAUAGAUCCUUCUUCUAAUUGAUUGAUUUUUAUUUGAAAGGCAAAAAAAUUCGGCUCGUUGUGUAUCAAUGUUUUUGUGGGAGCGGAUGACGCUGCUGUGCAUUAUUGUUUAAUUAUUGCAUGAUCUCAGUCGUUAUGGUACAGAGUGUCGACAAUGUGCGAGCCAAAAAAGGAAGACGAAACAUGUUGCGCGCAGAGGAUUCACUGCCAAAUACUACAUAAGACGAAAUAACUCAUUCAAAAAAAAAAUACCCUUGCUGACCAUUUUCUUCUUUCUCCACACUGGGACAGUUUUCAAUCAAUAGCUUUUAUUAUAUUUAUCGACCCAGGCAAAAAAAAAGAAAAACAAAAAAAAAAUAUUGUCCACUCUUUUUUUUUUUUUUAAUCCAAUAAAAUUCGACCAGUCUUUUUCAAUCAUUAUUGCAAGCAUGUUAUAAAAAAUUGUGUGUGGUUGGUCAGUACCUCGAGACGAUGAUAAUACUCAUUUUGGCGAUUUGAUGGAUGUUCGCCACUUCCCGGCACACAACAUCUCUCCUGACAUUUUAUUUGUUGUUUCCAUUUCAUUUUCAGUUUCAUCGGCCACUGUCUUGUUUUUCUACAAAGUUCAUUUUAAAACAUACCACUUUUGAAAAGAAAAAAUCCCAAUUCCUUGCCGUCUGCUCCCUCAUUUACGUGUGAAUGUCCUGUUCCAAUUUCCUGAUUUUGUGAAAACACACCCACACACAGAAACCCACGCUCUCUCUCACACACACACUUGAGAAUCUCCUGGCAAAACAAAAGAAGAUGUUUCCUUUUUUUCAAAAUUGCGGAUAUUUAUGAUGAUAUUCUCAUUGAUUUCUGUUCAUUCGUUGCGGGUGUUGUCUAAAUGAAGUUAUGUUCGUUACACCAUUGACCAAUCCCGUGACGCUUUUUCCUCGUUUCUGCAGCAAAAUGAACCUCAAUUUCAAUU